CGUGCCUCCGCUGAGCGAGGCCGGACGCGGCAUCGCCGGGUCAUUCCUAUGGCGGGUGCAGUGCCCGGGCAGCCGGACACGCCUUCUCCAGGGUAGUGUUGCUGUUACCUCACUCGGUACAGAGCGAGUUUGUUUGUUUGCCGAAAACUAAUAUCCCACAUCCACUCAGUGACGGCUCGGGCCCCAGCCACGCUAUGAGCAGCGCGAUCCGACACUGCCGGCACAGAGCGGGUUUGAUGGGCCCGGUGUGAGACUGGAUCAAAUCCAGAGAAGAACAGUAAUUCUCGCAGAAGCACCUUGGGGAAGCGGAGACUGAGGGUGUUCCCAGACCCUGACAAUGACACACCACGGGUUAUGCUCAGGAGAGUCAUCCAGACCCAACCCCAAGUUUCACCUCUGAAACCUCGGAUAUCUAACCAUGAAGGCACGGAAGAAGCUCGUCCAGCACUCCCAUCUAGGAGGGUUUCCAGCAUGGGGGAAUUGCAGCUGCUAGACCUUGCUGCUGAAGAUGCGUUUGUCACUGUGUUCCAUUUGAAUAAGAAAAGGAAGAAAGUCAGCAUUUCUGAAUUUGAGAGAGCAGCAGACAGACGACUUUUCCAGAACCAAGCUCAGUCAACGCGGGACAGCACAACUUUGUUUCGAUCCCUCCGAAUGUCUGUUGGUUCCUUGAUGGCCCCGGACACUGUUGAGAAGAGGGGUUUGCUCCGGAGGCCGAGGAACCACAAAGCCAUUGACAUGGAAGCUUUCGAGGGCAGAGUGGAACAGAACAUGCUGAAGAGCAAUGCACAGAACUAUCUUGUGGACUCGCAGUCCGUGUCUGGGAUUCGAACAACCAUGAUGACCAGUGAUGCAGAGAUCGUGCUGAACAACACAGAGCUCUUUGUUCAGCCUCAGUGUGAUGAACAGAGCCAAAAUAAACUUUCUGCUCUUGAACCCCAGCUGUCACAUUCAAAAACUCCAACACAGAGGAGCAAGAUUUCUGAUGCAGCUCAAGACACAGCAAGGCCGGAGGGUCUGGUGUCCGGUGUGGGCACAAACGAGGGAAGGACACAAAGACAUUCUGAGAACUUGGGCCUUCAUCAGGAGCACAUUGACAGAAUGGCUCCUGUAUCUCCAGGAACACCUGCAAACCAGCAAGAAGAUCAGCAAGAUCAUUCCCAGCAGAGUAAUCCAGUGGAGCGGGUUUCUGUUCAUGAAGAGAAGGUGGCUGGCUCUGUUUGUAGAUUGAGCUCCUCUCUGUCAUCCAGAAGUUCAAGUAAAUAUUUGGGAUCCCCAGUCACUCUAAAUUCUUCCAGAAUGUCUUUGAGAGAAGUUGUAUCCCAAAUAAUUGAAGAUCUAGAAGUAAGUGAUUCAGAAGAAGAGAUGAUUAAUACAGUGAAUGGAGUGGAACAGGAAAAGCUUUUCAGAGAGGCUGCAGAACAUGGUGCAAGUGCUGGGUAUUCUGAACACUUGGAGAAGGAACUGGCUGAAGAAGCAGGAUUGCAGAUAACUGCAGCACAGGACACCAGAGACAAAACAGACACAGCUCCUUCAGCAGGAGAGGGACUGGCAGAAGGCAGCGUUGGAGCCCACGUGUCUCCCGAGGCUGAACAUGAGACUGCCAAAGAUGUUGGAACUAGAAGUCUGGACAGGCAUUCUGAUGCUCUCUCCUCAUCUGAAAAAUCUGGGAUGAAUCCAUUAGAGGAAGAUGAUGAACAGGAUGUGGUAGAGGACCAGGCUAUCGUGUUAGAUUUGGAUGAUCCAGAGGAAGAGCCUGCUGAGGAUGAAAGUGAACAUCCUGAAAGUCAUGAAGUGAAGAAUUUCGAGAGUGAAGUUAGACAGUGCAGACUAGACUUGGAGGAAACUGCUAUGGGCAGUUCCCAGCAGAGAAGAAAGGUUUCCAUGAAGACUCCUGUGUUUGUCCGUGCUGCAGCCCACAACCCCCUGCUCUCAGCUCCACGGGAUGAAAAACCUGCUGCUCCCAAGUCUCCUGUGCAGCUGCUGCAGCCUAAGCAAGUUCCAGGGAGAUCAGGAACAUCCCAAAGGAAACCACGGGAGCCUCAAAUAGCAAGGAGUUUGAUAAAGGAGGUUUUUAGCUAUUUUGUAAAAAUGCCAGUGACCAGAGAAGCAUUCAAAAUUGUUGAAAAAUGCUCUGAGAAAUACUUCAAGCAGCUGAGCAGUGAUCUGGAAGCUUACACCAGCCAUGCAGGGAGGAAAACAGUGGAGAUGGCUGAUGUAGAAAUGCUCAUGAGAAGGCAAGGGCUGGUGACGGACAAGAUGCCGCUGAACGUGCUGAUAGAGCGUCACCUCCCCCUGGAGUACAGGAAGCUCCUGAUUCCAGUCGCUGUGAGUGGAAACAAAGUGAUCCCCUGAGGUGAAGGUGCAGCCCUGACCCCUGUGGGGUGCUCACGAUCCGCUCCCAGGGGCUGCCUGUGGAGUGUUCCACGUCCCUGCUCCCUGUGAUGGUUUUCCACACGGAACCAGUCGGGCAGGGACUGCUCAACGUUCUCCUGAGCAAGGGCUGCUCGUGCUGUGGCCUUUACCCCUCCCUGCUGGGUCUCACCGGCCCUUGUUACACGCAGUUUGACUACCCAUAAUUUUUUAUGUUCCCUCUGAAUACUUGUACAGCUCUGAGGAAUAAAAUGUCUUGUGUAUUCUGCA